AUGGCAUCUGUCACCUCAAUUCCAACAACAAUCGAUGAUAUUAUUCAGCGAGCAAAUGAAGUAAAAGUGUGUCAAGAUCAUUUCAAAUUGAUCACAACUAGUUUAGCUCGUCUUCGGAAUGAAUUGAAUAAUACAAUUGAAAUAUUACACCAAACUCGUUCACAACAAGAUCUUACACAAAUAUUAAAAGCCAUUAAUGAAAUUGUUACGAGUUGCACUCAAAACGAAAAUAAUCUUAAUGGCAUGACUUAUAAAGACCUCGAAUCUAUAUUGUUUCGUCUUCAAUUUCGACUCAUUCAACAUGAAGUCAAUACAAAAGACGACUAUCAAUUGAGAGCUCAAAUACUUAGCAAUGCUUACCAAGAACAGCAACGUAUUAUGCAGAAAUCCUUUGAUGAGAUGACGAAAGAAAGCUUAGAAGCUAUGGAAAAGAAUACAAUAGAACAACUACGUCUGUUACGUGAAAAACACACAACAACAAUUGAAUCCUAUCUUCGCAGUUGUAUUGAAUUACAUCAAAAUGAGUCACUUACUGGUCUUACUGGUGAAAUUGUUGCCAAAGUUGCUCUUAUUUCUUAUCAAAUAUCUUCCGAAGAUCAAACUCAAUUAGAACUCAAAUGGCGAUCAUGCAAACUUCCACUCACACGUAAAUUCAUUCAAUUUAAACCUGAUAAAUCUACAGUAUUCGAAAGAAAUGAAUCACGACGAUUGUUAAAGAACAAUGAAGACACUAUGCUACGAACUACACAAAUCAGAAAAGAGGCAUCAGCAGGAAUAUGGAAACAAUUGCUGUCAGCACCUUACAUGAUAUCGAUGGUUGAAAGAUAUCGCUAUUCAAAAGAAGAUAAUGCUAAUGAAGAAACUAUUAUUCGAACAAAACGUUGGAUUAGUAUUUCAGGUAAUGCAGGAAGUGGCAAAACAAGUUUUGUUCGACAAAUUGUUCGUCAACUAGCUGAAACAUUUCUACUCAAUGAACAACAUUCAACAAAUUAUGGUCCUCUUCGUAUACCGAUUUUGAUUGGUAUCAGCGACUUUGUCGAAAUAUUGAAAGAGCAACCAUCACUUACUUUAUUUGAUUAUAUUGGAAAGCAUAAAUGGUUGGGAAACUCAAUUAUCGAUGAUGUAUCUAUUUCUAUUGAUGAUUUAUCUUGUGCUCUUCAAGAUUACAUAAAACAAGGUCAAGCUCUAAUUAUACUUGAUGGUCUUGACCAAAUUUCAUUUCUCAAUCAACGAUCAAAAAUUAUCGAUGUAAUUCAAACGUUUGUUGAUACUUAUAUUCAAACACCUACGAAUGUGUCUGUCUUCGACAAUCCAUAUUUAAGUAAACUGCUUGAUGAUCCGUCUCGAUUUGGAGGCAAUCAAAUUAUUAUUACAAGUCGUAUAGUUGAUUAUCAUGCUGCUCUAGCUGGACAAUUUGCUCAUUAUACAAUUCAACCGAUGAAUAGGGAACAUAUUAAAGACUUUAUUGAUUAUUGGUUUUUUCAUGUUCAUCAACAGAUAAUCGAGAUUGUAAACUCUUCAAUAGUUAAUCAAGGAAAGAUUCAGAGUGAAGCAUUGAAAAAAGAAUUGGAAAAACCUGAAAAUGUUUCUCUUAUUGAUAUGGCUUCUAACAUUUAUUUAGUAUCAUUUAUUUGCACUCUAUGUUUUAAUCAAUUGGAUGGUUCACCAUUACAUACUCAACGCAUUCUUCUAUAUGAUCAAAUUAUCAAUUCUAUGCUCAAUUUGUCGAUUAAUAAACGAUCCACUAUUGAAAUGUCAAAAUUUAUUCAAAUUUUAAGCGACAUUGCUAUUUAUAUUCAUGAUUAUUCAUCAUCAGGUCUUAUUGAUGAAGAACAAAUGAAAGACAUAUGUAUUAAAUCAAUCAAAACUUCUUUGGAUAAAACAUUAUUUACCGAAGAAGAUCUUCAGGAUAUUGAAAGUCAAGCCUUUGAAUUUGUACGAAUUAUUCGUGAAGAUACAGGCCUGUUAGUUGCUCGAGGUGAAUCACUUUAUGGUUUUCUUCAUUUGACAUUUCAAGAAUAUUUCACUUGUUUAAAACUUAUUGAAGUAGAUUCAUCAAAACAAAAGAAAUUCAUUAAUGAUAGACUCGAUCGAGAAAAUGAAAUUCAACUUAUUGCUAAAUUACUUCGUCAUCACACAAAUGAUCCACGUUUUCGUAUACCAAUUGUACUAGCAUUAGGCAAGAUUAGUUCUUCUUGGUCUCAAAAUGAUUUUGAUAAUGUAUGUUAUGAAUUUAUUCAAGAUGAAAUUCAACCUAAUUCUCUUCUUCCACUCUGUGCUUUUAUGUUAAUUACUUGUGUUAAUGAUUUCGUUAAGUAUCCUGCUAAUGAAACUCUAUUCAAGGCUUUAGAUUGUUUAAUGAUUGCAGCCGGUCAACAUAAAUGGUCAAUUGUUUCUCCAUUUCUAUUUGAUCAAAUAACAGUUGCAUUAAAAAAAAUUCGAAAUGAUAUUAUUCAACAAUGGAUUAACAAUUUAUUAUCACGAUCUUCUUCACAUGACAUUCAAACAAUAUCGAGUCUUUGUCAUUUUAUCGAAGGAAAACCUCAUGAAUUUGAAAAUAUUAAAUGGUUAAAUCAAUCAUCUUGUUCAAUACUGCAAUCUUUGUCAACACUUGAUAGUGAAAAUAAUGAAUUUGCUAUUGAUCGAUUAUUAGUUAAAAUUGCUUUCUCAAAUCAUCAUUUAUUACCUAUCGAUCCAAAUACAUUCAAAGGAUUUCUUCUUCAAAAAGAACUAGAAGUGAAUUCAAUUCCUAUUGUUCUCUUUCCUUUAAUCAUUACUUUAUAUGGUGGUUUAAAAAGAAAUGAUCAAGCCGUUAUUUUUGAUCCAUCUCAUAUACAUCGAGAAUGUUCUAUAACAACACCAAUUUUAAUAACUUUCUUUUCUGGAUCAGAUCCUAAUAGGCAAAAUCAAAAUUUAAAAAAGUUACAAGAAGAAUGUUUAAAAUCAUUUUUAGUACGAAUGAAUAAUCAUGAUGAAUCUUCCGAAUCCAUUGAUUUAUGCAUUGCAAUUAUUUGCUUUUAUAACAUUGAAUAUUUACAAGAUAAUUUAGAUAUCAUAUCGAAUUCACUUUUACGUAAGUGUAUGAAUAGAUUAAAAUAUAUUUCAAUGAUUUUACGUCAAUUCUAUUUUACUGCUGAUCGAAAUGAUCGAUCGAUGGAAGAUGAAAUAACAAAAUUUAUUUCAACUGUAAUCGAAAAAUUUCAGUAUGUUGAAGCAGCAAGAAUUCAUUUUUUAGAUUUAUUAAAUUCACUAAGAAGUAGUGUAGCUCGUUUACGAUCAUCUUCAAAAUCUAUUUUUAUGGAAGGAGUUUCAAGCGUUGAUAAGCGACUAACAUUACAUUUGCCUAAUUCUCUUCAAAAAAAUAACUUUCUCAAUAGUCUUUUAGUGACAGAUAUACAAUUUGAUUCUAAUCAAAAAUCUUGUUCAUUACUUCAUCAGUUUACCAAACUUUUCUGGAUAUUAGAGCACAAUGAUGAAUACGAUACACAAUACAGAAUGGCAGUUGCUAUGGAUACAAUACCGCAAUAUUUAGUUUUCCGAAAUGAUGAAGAUCUUUUAUUUACAGUAACAUUUGUUCCUGCACAUUUACGAAAUCUUUAUAUCAGAUUAUUGAAAGAAAACUUUAUUACGAUCAAUCCAGGAAAUGCCACAGUGAAUAACAAACCACAUCUAUAUUUUGGUCACAUUCUAAUCGAAUGUUUUAUAUUGUUAUCAAAUCCAUCGUGCAAGAGACUGUCUAUUUUGGCUGCUGUAAUUGCUCUGCUACCUUGGUUUCGAAUUCAUAACUUAGAAAACUUUGGUAGUAGUCUUUUAUGGUCAUUAGCUCUAGAAGAUUCUCGCAGUUUGGGUAGUUUUGAGCUAAAGAGACAACGUCCAAUGGAUAAUCAAACUGGUCAAUAUACAGAUACAGAUAAAAAUAUUUUUGAUGGGAAGGAUCUAACAGAUGAACAGCGGAAAACACUAAUUCAACAUUAUAUUGAACAAGAAUAUGAAAGGCUUCAAAAUGCAAAAAUCGAAAAUGAUGAAAAAAACAUGAAACUUUAUUCCGCAUCGAUAUCUUUAGCACAUAUUUGCCGUUGGGCUGAAGAUGAAAGAAGAUUAUCUUUAUUAGAACAGAGUAUAAAUGGUGCUAUGUCAAUUGAAAAUAAAAUUGCUCGUCUUGAUGCAUUAUGUGCCAUUGCUUUUUACGCUCACAUAGAUUUUGAUAAACUUGAAGUAAGUAGAGAUAUGUCUCUACAAAAAGAAAUUGAACAUCAAUUUAACGAAAUUUAUCCAGAUCUUCCUCUUCUAUUACAUGCUGCUAUUUUUCUUCGAUGUUUACCACUACUUCAACAUUCACAAAUGAUUAAUGAUUGUCUUGAAAAUCUCUUUUCUAAAUUUGCAAAUACUGAUCAACGAGAUCAACAAGCAGUCAAUGAAGCGUUAUUACCAUAUAUACAAUCAACUUAUGUUUUGUCGUCUAUUACAAAUAGUUUCUCACAUGGUUUAAAAGACAAUAUCAAAACAAUACAUAAUAAAUCUGUUGUCUUGAAAAAAUAUUUUCCUCUUGUUACACAUGAAAAUGUAUCACUUACAUUAUUUAUUUCAAUUUUUUUUAUUUCGGAAUUAACCAACGAUCUUCAUGACUAUAUUAAGACAGAUAAUCGCGAAUUCGUCAUUGAUGAAUCAAUUGUAACAAAGCUAUUCCAAGUCGACAAUUGUAUACUGACCGAAACACAAGCAUUUACAAUAACAAAUAUCCUUGCCUUUAUUUCAUUAUCAGAUCAAUCUAAACAGUUUGAAAAACUUCGGAUUAUAUUAAGCAAUGUUCUUCACCGUAUGAGUUGGGUAGAAUUGAAGGCUCGUCGUUUAUUGGAAUCUUGGUUGAAAUGGAAAAAUUCAAAUGAAUUAUCAACAUUUGCCUAUCAUGCAGCAGUUCUUCUAAGUAACUCUAAUAUUUGGUCCAUCGAAGUCGCUACAAUUAUGUGUGAUAUUUUAUGUAGUGAUAAUGAUCGCUUUCGUCAUAGAGUUGAAAUAAUUUUCAGAUUAUCAAGUGAUAAUGAUGUUCGUACAAGUUCAACAUUGGGUAUUGACAUCUUAUUGACUUUGUUUAAGAAAAAGGCUCAUUAUCAGUUAACUUCAGCAUCUGCUAAACUUACACUAAAUCGAAUGAUAGUAAAUACAACUCUAGACAUGCAAUUUCAUCUAGAAACGAUACUUUGGUUAGAAAGAUACAGAAUUCAUGCAUUGAUAAAUCCUGAAUAUUGCCUCAACAAACCAAGGCCAUGGGCAAAGUCUUAUAUAUCUUCGUAUUUUUCAACCGAUAUCCCAAUUGAUGCAUGCUCUUGCGUUAAUUUAUGUCGACUGUCUAAUGAUUUGGUAAUAUAUAUGUGUGAUACGAUUGCAUCGGGUUUCUUUGUAUUUUUGGAGAUCGAUGGAGAUACAACAUCUGAUGAAGUUUUAGAAAGUCACACUCAAUUUAUUGCUUCAGUAAUUUUGACAUUUUUUAACUCAAUGAAUUCUAUUGAUGAUACACGCCAAUUAGCAGUCGACGCUCUUAUGAAUUUAUUUGAUACGUCCGAAAAAGAGGCAGUUCAUCAAGCAAUAGCGUAUACCCUUGGUUAUGUAUGUAACGAACAAACACAUAAAACCUUACUUGAUAGAAUUCUAUUAGCGAUGACCACCGACGGUGAUGAAUAUUCUACCUAUUCUAAUAAUGUUUUGAUUACACUAACUUCAAGUUAUGCCUAUUGUGCAUGUAUAAACAAAAUUGUAUUUGAUCAAGACGACAUGGAAUUAUUCUGUAGUUUGUUAAAACAUUCGUCGCAGGAUGUUGUGAGAGCAGCUCGUACAGGACUUGCUCGUGUUCUAAAGGAUACAUCAUUUCUAGUUGAAACGCUUGGUUUCGAUCAUAGUCAAUGUUAUCAUGCAUUGCUUGGAGCAACUGCAUACUUAUUUCUUUAUGAUGUUCAACAAAACAGUGAAAAUAAUGUUGCAGAUUUUAUUGAGAAAUAUCCAGAUCUUUUACCAAUCUUUAUUGUUGAAUUAUACAAUAACAUUCGUCAUUUUACUACUAAAAUUUUACCAGUGGCGGACAAUAAUUAUGUUUUAGAUUAUGGAUAUCCUCAAUAUGUGAAAGUCGCCAGUUUAAUCGCUGUACGAAUGCCUGCAACAUUUUGUGCUUUUAUUAAAGAUUGGAAUGAUGGAGAUAAUUUGAAACGUGCAUUAUUUUAUACUAGUAAACAACAUAAUUUUCCACAACGUGCUGCUUGUCUAACUAUUCUAUCGCUGUUAGGUGAGUUAACUGUUGAUUUAUGUGAGAUGUUCAUUGAAGCUUUACAUGAUGAUCCACAUAUUCAAAAUACUUGUUACAAAUGCAUAACACAUAUUCGUUCUAUUAAAGAUGAACAAGUCGUUUUGAAUCUUUUAUUUUCUUAUUUGAAAUCGAACUCAAUGAAUGUUCGAUAUGUUACAGCUAAGCUACUUCUUCAUCUUUCUCAAUUAUCUCUUAUUGCAUUUCAACAAGUUCAAAUAAUAUUGAAUGAUGCUAUGUUAGAUCCUAGUUCUAAUGAAGAUCUAUGGUUAAUUGAAGAACAAGACGAUGUUUGGAUAAAUUGCAUAUAUUACUAUGCUGGUCCAUUGAAAGAUGUUAUUUGUUCCCUUCUUGUUCAACAAAUUAUUGGUGAUGCAAAUAGACCUGUUCGAAGAAAUGAAUUCAAUGAUAUUGACUUGGAUUUCAUUGAAUCUGAAAAAUCAUCACGUUUAGCUUCAUGUCUUUAUGAGACCAAAGCUGAAGAAGACGCAGAACCUGAGAGCCCUCCAACACCGACUGAUUUAAGUGACGGUAGUGACGGCUGA